AGGAGUCCGAAUGUGCGACUCCUCGCUAGGCGAGUUCACUGAGCUUGUCCUUCUAUUUCCGUCCACGAUGGCGCGUUCGCGAUCGUAGACGGAGGUCAGGCGUUCAAUCAUCUUCUACACCUCUGAACGACACAAAUGAUGGCAUAUCCUUGCCUGAUGGUUUAUCGGUCGGAGGUCACUGCUGAAGGCCCCACUCGUCACAUUGUUGAGAUUUUAUCGAUCUUAAAGCCGAAGCGAACUUCUAAAUCAAUUACCCCAGGUCAUCGUCGUGCGAUUGAGCUGUGGUGUUUCAGAUCCCAACAUCGCCACUCUCGCUGCCCGCACCCGUUCAUCCCCUUCCCCAUGAUUUGUUCUUUGUUGUACAGCUAAUCUUACGAUACAUUGAAUGACAUCUGUUGGUGGAACAUAUUAUU